AUGAUUAGAAGAGGAUCUAGGUAUUUCACAACUUCACGAUUUUUACGUAAUAAUCUUCCCCUACUACAAGAAAAUAAUUCGACAACUACCACACCAGAAGUUCCAAAGAAUUUUAAAAUUCAUACCGUUAAACCAAGUACCCCUGAUGAAUUAAUUAGAACAAUCAGAUAUGAUGAUGAUAAUGUUGUGAAGAUAACAGAAUUAAAACAAGAUAGAAGAUCAAGAUUAACUACAUGUACAAUGUCAGUGGCUGAAUAUUUCUUGGGUAAUACGCAUCAUUCCCAUCAUGUAUUCUAUCUGAAUAUGACACUUAUAAAAGCUAAGAAAGCGGCAAAAGUUGAAAAGAGAAAAUUCAUUGAUUUAAAAUUGAUAAAAAUAACCAGUGGGAAUGGAGGAAAUGGAAGUGUUUCAUUUUUUAAAGAUAGUUUUAAACCAUUUGGUCCUGCUGAUGGUGGAGAUGGAGGUAAUGGAGGCAAUGUAUUUAUUAAUGUUAUUGAUCAACAUAGUUCAAGUUUACAUGGGUUAAAGAAAAGAUAUAUUGCUAAAAAUGGACAACCUGGUCGUUCUUCACAAUUAGAUGGGAAAAAUGGUGAAGAUGUUAUUAUUGAUGUUCCUCUUGGUACUGUAAUUAGAUGGAUUCCUGAUCCUCAUGAUUUUAAAAAGUAUGUGAGUCAAAGAGAAGGCGAUUCCUUGAAUGAUAUCUUUAUGGAAUUUGAACUUGAUGAACUGGAUAACCUUCAAUUAAAUAGAGGUGGAUAUCAACCGGGUGAAGGAUGGAUUUUUAAAGAGCAUGAUGAAGAGUAUUAUCAAGACAAAGACUUCUUCCAGGACUUGAACGAUAAGGUGGUUGAAUAUGAUAAGGACAUUAUAUUUGAAGAAAGAUACCAUGAUAGAUUUCCUAUUUUAGGCUUGGAUUGUGACAAAGUAACUCCAAAGCCGUUAUUGUUGUUACGUGGUGGUAAAGGUGGAUUAGGAAAUAUGCAUUUUACCACUAAAGAUAUCAAAGGUCCUAAAUUCUGUAAAGCUGGUAGACCAGGUAUUACCACUUCAUUUUUGUUGGAAUUGAAAUUGAUUGCUGACUUGGGUUUGGUUGGAUUGCCAAAUGCAGGUAAGUCCUCAUUGUUACGAGCCAUUUCAAGAGCCACACCAAGAGUUGGACAUUGGGAAUUCACAACUUUGCAACCAACUGUGGGAACCAUUUUCAGAAGAAUGGAUGAAGAACCAUUCACCGUUGCUGAUAUUCCAGGUAUUAUUAAAGGAGCAUCACAAAACAAAGGUAUGGGUUUGGAUUUCUUGCGACACAUUGAACGUUCUGGCGGAUUGGUGUUUGUUGUUUCGUUAGGUUCUAAAAAUCCUGUGGCUGAUUUGGAAAUUUUGUUAGAAGAGGUUGGUCCAAAACGUAUGAAAGACAAGAAAGUAUUAAUUGUGGCCACCAAAGCUGAUCUCAGUAAAGAGGGAGCAAACUUUAAGCUAUUACGCGAUUACAUUGAAUCCCAUUACAAUGAUUGGAAGAUUGUUCCGGUAUGUGCACCAAGAGGUGAAAAUAUUGAUACUUGUAUCAGGUUGAUGGGCGAAAUUGCCAAGGAUAAUACAUCACCAAAACAGGAAGUUUAG